AUGAAAGGAAACUGAGUGAAGCCUGAUACAUUUCCCAUCUUGAAACAUGUCCAUGAACGUAGAGAAUUGGAGCAUGUACUCAUAGAUGUCCUGAACGUCGUCAGUAGAAAUUACGAAGUGACGUGCAUGGCCGUUAUAUGCGAUGAAGUAUAUUUGAACGUGUUCAGUGGCUCGAUGUUUCGCAGGGUGGCUGCUGUACCUUUUGUGAUGAUCGUCGUAGAGGACUACGAAGAUUUGCUAUCACCGAACUUUAUCACCUUGGAGUCACUGAGAGAGGCAAGGAAAGAAGGAUGUAACGUUUAUGUGGUUAUGUUAGCUAAUGGAGUGCAGGCAGCGAGACUGUUGAAGUUUGGAGAUAGACAUCGCGUUCUCGAUACAAGAGCUAAAUACAUCAUGAUCCAGGAUUUCCGUCUAUUUCAUAGCGAUUAUCACUAUCUCUGGCGGCGAAUUAUCAAUGUAAUUUUCUUAAAGUACCACAAGAAAGACGUCAACAGGCCCAAUAGCAAAUCUUGGUUCGAGUUGUCGACUGUGCCUUUUCCUAAUCCCAUCAAAAGUGUACUCGUGCCGAGAAGAGUGGACAUAUGGAGAAAUGAUGUUUUUCAAUAUAAAAAGUCUCUAUUUAAUGAUAAAACUAAUAAUUUUAAUGGUGAAAUUUUGAAUGUUGUUUACUUGGAUCACGUACCAUCGGUGGUAGUUGCGAAGAGUUCCGUUGGAAACAGAAUUGGAGGAGUCGAAAUUGAGAUCCUGCGAACAUUAGCAGAAAAAAUAAACUUCAAACCGAAGUUGUAUCAGUCUCCACAUGCAGAACUCCACAAAUGGGGCCAGAAGCAAUCGAAUGGUUCAUUCUCUGGCCUUAUGGGCGAGAUGGUGCACGGUGCAGGAGAUAUAGCCUUAGGAAAUCUGCAGUACACCCCGUACCAUCUGGAACAGAUGGAUUUGAGUAUCCCGUACACUUCCCAGUGUUGGACGUUUCUGACGCCAGAAGCACUCAGUGAUAACUCUUGGAAAACUCUCAUAUUGCCUUUCAAGUUAUCGAUGUGGUUGGCCGUGCUGUUAGUGCUGCUUAUAACGGGCACUAUUUUCUACGGUUUGGCAAGAUACUACAUGAAUCUUCAACAAUUUAAAAAUGAUUACAGAAAUAGCUCCAAUGUUAAACAGGGCACUGAAGAUGUGAAACCCGCUCUCUACAUAUUUGGAGAAAUCAUAAACAGCAUUCUUUACACAUACGGAAUGUUACUAGUUGUUUCUUUACCUAGAUUACCCACCGGUUGGUCAAUUAGACUCUUAACUGGAUGGUAUUGGCUGUAUUGCAUUCUCCUUGUCGUCUCAUACCGUGCCAGCAUGACCGCAAUUCUAGCCAAUCCUGCCCCACGAGUCACAAUAGACACCAUUCAGGAAUUAGCUAAUAGCAAAGUAACGUGCGGCGGAUGGGGCACUGAAACAAAGAAGUUUUUUGAGGAAUCCUUAGACGAGUAUGGACAAAAGAUUGGUGCUAAAUUCGAAACUAUAGACGAUCCUUUACAAGCUGCAGAUAAAGUAGCUAAGGGUGUGUAUGCAUACUACGAUAACUCUGACUUUCUGAAAUACGUAAGCGUGACAAGGAAAAACAGUUUUGUGAAUAAUAAGCAGGAAAAUGUAACAAGACCAACUGUUAGAAAAGACGACAUAGAAAGAAAUUUACAUAUCAUGUCUGAUUGUGUAGUCAAUAUACCUAUAUCUGUUGGAUUCCAUAAGAACUCUCCUUUAAAGCCGUUGGCUGAUGUUUAUAUCGGACGUGUAGUGGAAGUUGGGUUGGUUGAGAAAUGGUUGAAUGAUGCAAUGCAUUCUAUUCGUGCUCUGGAGACAAAUGAGGAUGAAAUCAAAGCUCUCAUGAACCUUAAGAAGCUCUAUGGAGCAUUUAUAGCUCUGGCAGUUGGAUAUUUUCUGAGUGCUGUGUGUCUUUGUGGAGAAAUAUUGCACUGGAAACUAAUAGUUAAAAGAGAUCCACAUUUUGACAAGUAUGCCAUGAAUUUGUAUUAUAGAAAUAAAAAUAAGAAACAUUAA